AUGGAUAGCAUUAUAUGGGUGGAAAGGACAAGGGUGCGAGAUCUCGGAAUAAAAAUAACCCCCAACAUCUUGGAAGCACUAUUACUCUCGGUUAUUGCAGGUCGUCAUUUAUCAGUAGUUACAAACAAUGUUCAAGCAACGGAAGAAAGUAUUGAGAGUCUUUUUGUUGAUGGCUGGGGAUUUGCUAAAGGCGAUGAAUUCGUUAUUGUAACGCUAAAUUUCAAAUCGAUAUUUGAUCCUACAACAAUUUUCGGAUUACCUGAGUUGGCAAGCGGCAACACAAUGAAAUUGGAACCUAGAAUAUUGAUUCUAGAGGGAUUGGAGAACACAUCAAAGAAAUUUCAGCGUGAUUUGGACGAUUAUAUUAAUGAUGUGGCGAGAUUAUCGAACAAUGACAACAUAUUUACGCUCAUUAUAUUAGGCAAAACCACACUUAAUUCCUCAAUAGAUGAAGUAUUGCUGGAUGACAUAUGGAUUGAACAGACACAUGAGUGUAGGAUCGAACUGCAUGGAGUGGAGUCAGACAAUUCGAUGGAUAAGAAUUUGCAAUCUGCGCAAUUCAUUGACUUAGUGAUAAAAGCAAGAAAAGACUCACAGCGUGUAGUUUUGGUCAGAGAGAUCAAAACAUACAUUUACGAUAUUGUGAUCUUUGUUCGCACAAACAGGUUUGUUGUUGGUGGGCUCCCAACUUUUGUGUUGGGUGAAUUUAAGCACUUUGUUGCUAUAUAUGCCGUUCUUCACGGAUAUGAAUAUGUUGUGCCUGAGAUGGUAAGACAAGCGGCAUAUUCACUUUUACCGAUACGAAUACAUAUGCUCGAAGAUCCCCGGAAAGAGCCAUCCAUACAAUACGGGAGUGAUCCGGCAUUAGUUAGCCAGAUCCUUGAUAAAGUAGACAUUCCGAUUAUUAUCGACGAGGUGAUGGAGAAGAUUCAGCCUCCAAUAUAA